AUGCGCAGCCGCGUUGGGCAUAGCAGCAAGCAUGGACCUACCCACCCAGCCAGUGGCGCAGUCACGUAUGACCCUUUGGAGGAAAAAAGAGAAAGUACAUUUUUCUGCCAGAGAAAAGGAAGCCACUGCGUCUACACGCACAACGAAUUAAUCAGACGCUGCGAUGGAAGAUCUGGUAAAAACGGGAGUAAUAAUGAAGGGGGCCAUAAAUGUGAUGAAAUUACGACCCAUUGUGACACCAAUGAGAAAAGACACAAAGUCGAACGUAAUAGAAAAAUACUUAGCGACCUUAUUUCGUUAAGGAGGAUGCAAAAUAGAGACUGCGAAAAGUUAAAGCUAAUAUGUCUACAUAUUUUCAGAAACAUUAAUUCUUACAGUUUGUACGAAAUAGCGGAUAUAUUAAAAUGCACCCAUUUUUUUAGCAUAAUUUUAAAAAAGGAGCACCUUCACAAAUUGGUGAGCAGACUCAAAGUGUUAACAUUUAAUCAAAAGGGGGAGGAAAAGGUGAUUUACGAAAUUAUACCGAAUCUAUUAAGGAUAAAAGUCGCAAGAGAGUACCAGGAUAAAGCAUUAUCUUGUACCCUCACAACUUUUAUAAAUGACUUGCUGCGCUUUUGGUUGAUAUUGCCUCGUUCAGAUAUGUCUAUCCCUACCCCCAGUUAUUUAAGCUAUGUGUACUUUGUAAAGGAGGUACAGCUAAUUAUUCUCAAUAAGUUCUGCUCAUGGUUGGAUGAAAAAUAUGUGGAUAAUUCAGUGUUCACUUUUUUGCAGUCAUUUGAAAGUUCACUGGGAAGAAAAAAUAGACACCUAGAUUACCCCUUAGUAAAAGAAGUCAGUGAAAUUUUAUUCAAAUUAAAUUGCCAAAUAAAGGUCCUAAAUAUGUAUAACUAUAGUGUUCCAAUUUUUGUAAAGGACUUCUCCUUAAUUGUAGAAUGUAUAGGCAAUAAUAACACUUUUCAGGGGACCCUUACUCUUAUUCCCUAUUUUUCCGAACGUUAUGAGCUAUUUAAAAGGCUCGGUUUCAAAGUUUUGCUUCUCUAUAAGGAGCUCCUGCCGAGCGCUGCGGAGGAUAAGUUAAAUUUUGUGAAGCAGUCAUUAUAUUCCAUCAUCAAGUAG